CAUCACUGCCUCUGGGGGCUUGUUUUCUUGGUGCGGGAUUCCCAGUCAAGCGGGGAGAGCAGGGGUUCCUCCAACUUCAGGGUAUCUCUGAAGAUGUCUUCUGUCUCAACAACAAUCACAUCUACCACUACUGCCAUCACCAAAUCCCAAGAACAAGUCCUGAUCCAGAGCUCUGGGGCCAUGAUUGCUGUCAUUGUCAUUGGCUUCAUUAUCAUUCUUGCCAUUAUACUCAUCAUCAUGAAGACAUACAACAGGCGGACACACACAUCCAGAAUCCUUGGGGUCAGGUCGGGGACCAAGCCCCGUCCAAAGCUUUCUCAGUCCACAGCUCAGAGCACCAUGCCUCUCAGCCCCCUGGGAGUCAGCUCGAUAUCGGGCAGCAUCACCAACUCAAACCCGGGCUCAGAGAGCAGCUUCCGGCUGCCCAGAGUGGAGUUACCCAGCAUGGAAGAAAACCGCAUGGAGCAGUUCAGCACCACCAGUGACUCCACCGUGGUCACCAUACAUGAACCCACCUCACCAGCGAACACAUAGCGCGGGGGCUCACAAACUCACAGUCAACUCGGAACCAAGCAUUGACUGAGAUUUAUUGCAUUUAUUGUUGACCACAAACUGUGCCGACUGAAUCCUGCGGAGGUCUGUAUUGUCUGAUCUCCACCAGUUCCACCUGUUGACAGCAUGAGAUGCAACAAGUUGUUUUGCUGUAAGGAUGAACAAAAUGUGACCAGAAACAGACACUGUGGAUUUUAUGAAGAAUGUUGUGGUUUUUAUCUGGUGGAAUUCAGUGUUCAGAAUAAACAUGCCAUGAUUUCCUCUCGACAAAACAUAAGAUAAAAUCUUAAACGGCUGUAUCGUGGUGGCUCAAAAACUGCCACUGUCAGACUUUUUCAUUGACAUAUUUUUUGCCCCAUGCAUGGGGCAGCAUGCCUUUUUCCACAGUUUUAGAAACGUUGGUCCAUUAUAUGCAUUUCUGCAUGAAAAAAAAAUCUUUUUACUAUAUGAUUUUAGAAGCCCUGUUAGAAUAAGUUUGAACUUAGAGAAGAAAAACUUGUCGUUGGGUGCCAGUAUGACUGAGUAGUUAUGUUUAUUUUGAAUAUUUGUUUUUAAGCAGUUACAUUAUGUGCAAAAUCAUGUUUACCCGACAUCAUGCUGUAUUAGUCCUCCUCUCCGAGAUUUUUUUGUUGAUAGGAAUCAGUCAAACAAUAAUAUAGUGUUUCUGUACUGUUAGGACCAAAUAGACUUUAGAAAUAAUUUUGUUUUUACUUUUAACGUAACCUACUUUUGUUCAUCCCCUCAAAAUUGAAACCUAAAUACUUUGCACUUUAUGUUCUCUAUAUAUUUCUUAUAUGUGUGGUUUCUCUAAAUUAAUGCCAUAAAAUAAAAUAAAAAUGUGUUUUUUGUAACUGUGAA